AAGGAAUACGCCUGCCUAGGAUCUGAUCGUUUUAUAUCUGAACAUCAAAGAAUUGCUAACUAAUUUGACUAAACUAACACUGACCGAUUUAGCAGCUGACAACAUCCAGUGCGGAUUCUGUGACGGCUAUUAUCUUUUUUUGUGCUCAGGAAAGCGAGGUCCAAAUUAAGAGCAUCGAAGGCCAACAACAUGCGAAUUGCAUUCCGCUCACGGUGAAGACGAUGGAGGGAAAUGAACAAAUAGUGACAAAUCAAGAUCACACGUGGACUUUAAAAUGUGACGAACCGAAGUUAAGAGCGGUCUGACUGCAUGCUGGCCAUCGCACAUACCUUUCGUGUGUCAUCGCGAAUCAACAACUUUUUGAUUGUUAUAGUUUACGGAGAUAUGAACAAUAAGGGUGCGGUCCCGCGGGACAUCUUGCGCGUCCUGAAUCCCGCAAUAAAAAGGAAGCCCAACUCGACAGUGAAUCACAAGUGUCGUUCAAGUCUAAGCAACACAACGUUCUGACAAAACCAAGGAGAAUGAUGGGCGAUCAAAUAGGUUCUUCUAAACUGAUCGUUUUAUUAGCGAUCGUGACUCUGCUGAGCUUCUGCAGCCCAGCGUCCAGUUUCGCCUUCCUGCCUCGCGUCUCCCGUACAGACGAUGCCGUCAUCAUCGAUUUUGACGGUGUAGGAUAUGCUCCAUCUUAUCAAGGCAAGACACUGUACGGCCAAAUUGUUGAUCCCAGAUUCGUUCCGCUGCCAUCCUUCAAUCCUUACCCAAUGACGUAUCGCCAUCAGGAGCAGACGCCCAACGGAUGGAUCUAUUCAUACGGUUAUCCUACUCCCCUUGCUCUUGAAGAUGUUUUGCCCGUUAGGCAAACAGCAGCGACUCAGUGUGGCAUUGGACCGGUCAUGCCUGCUUCAAGGGCAUUGACAAGCGAAAGGAUCGCUGGUGGAAUCUCAGCCAGAAAGAAUGCUUGGCCUUUCAUAGUAGCCCUGAAGAAAAGUGAUGACUCCUUAUUUUGUAGCGGAACUUUGAUUAGUGACACACGAGUUUUAUUGGCGGCCCAGUGCCUGGAAAAAAUGUCUCUGUUAGAGCUUUCUGGUGUGACUGUAUUGGUUGGGAUGUUUUUGACCGACCAAUCCGACGUCCAAAUGACAAGGAGGAUCAGCAAACUGUUCCUUCACAGGCAAUACAAUGCUGCCACCUAUGCCAAUGAUAUCGCCAUCAUUGUAAUGGACGCGCCCGUGGUUCUUUCCAGGAGUGUUGCAACUGCUUGUUUGCCAGUGGCCAGUACCGACCCCGACCAAUUUGUCGACCAGGAUGCCAUUAUUUUGGGAUGGGGAGGAGGAACUGAAAAUGACGGAGACGUCGUACCAUUCCCUAACCUGCAACAAGCCAAGGUUUCGAUUUGGUCCAACGGCGAUUGCAAGGGGGACGAGACCGCUGGUAGAUAUGUGACGGAAAACACUACCUGCAUCACUUCUGCUACUGGUGACAAGUUCACUUGCACGCCUGCUGAUGUCGGUGGCCCAGUUGUCAUCCUCCCGUCACCAGGGUCCUGGACCGUAGUCGGAAUCAACAGCUACACCAAGGAUUGUGCUACCAGUGGCCUUAAAACCAGAGUGUCGGCAUACAGGGCAUGGAUUAACCUAUACAUGACCAUGGCUUAAACAUGUACCCAAAAGACGACGA